UCUCGGUUUCCGUAUCUCCCAAAUCCUUGAAUAAUCAAGAGUUAAGUUUAGUCAACAUUGAGCUUGGCUGUUUCAUUAAACCACCCGCAGGUAAUCGACCUUAUUAGGGUUAACGAUUAAGCAAUACCCACUUGGCAAAAAGAGGGAUCUAGCAUAUAAGUGGGGGAAAAGGAGUGUAAACAUCUUGUAGAGAAAGAGCCAAGAUGGUGCAGGAUGGGAAGGCCAAGUCGGUCAAGAAGGGGAAACCCGACUUGGAUGACCUCAAGCAGGAGGUCCAAAUGGACGAACAUAUCAUUCCACUUCGUGACCUCUAUCAAAGGUUAUGUACAAAUCCCGAUCGGGGUAUGACGACGGAAAAGGCAAAGGAGGUAUUCGCUAGAGAUGGACCUAAUGCCUUGACUCCUCCGAAAAAGACCCCCGAGUGGGUAAAGUUCUGCAAAAACUUGUUCGGUGGGUUCGCCCUCCUACUUUGGAUCGGUGCCGUCCUCUGUUUCAUUGCUUACUCCAUCCAAGCAACCACCUUCGAGGAGGUCCCAGAUGAUAAUCUUUAUUUAGGUAUUGUAUUAUCUGUUGUGGUCAUAGUUACUGGUGUCUUUUCCUACUAUCAAGAAGCCAAAAGUUCCAAAAUUAUGGAGUCCUUUAAAAACAUGGUUCCUCAAUAUGCUGUGGUUCUUCGAGAUGGCCAAAAAAUCACAAUGCCUGCUGAAGAAGUCGUUGUUGGUGAUAUUGUUGAAGUUAAAGGUGGAGACAGGAUUCCAGCUGAUAUGAGAAUCAUUAACUCUCAAGCUUGUAAGGUGGACAACUCUUCUCUUACUGGAGAAUCUGAGCCACAAACCCGAUCACCAGAACAUACCAAUGAUAACCCUCUUGAAACCAGGAACUUGGCCUUCUUUUCCACAAACUGUGUUGAAGGUACUGCCAAAGGUAUUGUGGUGAACACAGGUGAUCGUACUGUUAUGGGAAGAAUUGCAAACUUGGCAUCUGGACUGGAAGUUGGAGAUACACCUAUUGCUCGAGAAAUUGAGCAUUUCAUUCACCUGAUCACUGGUGUAGCAGUGUUUCUGGGUAUAUCUUUCUUCGUCAUUGCUUUCAUCCUUGGAUAUUAUUGGCUAGAUGCUGUAAUUUUCCUCAUUGGUAUCAUUGUAGCUAAUGUACCUGAAGGUCUUUUGGCAACUGUGACUGUAUGUUUGACACUAACGGCUAAGCGAAUGGCAUCAAAGAAUUGUUUGGUCAAGAAUUUAGAAGCUGUAGAGACCUUGGGUUCAACAUCUACCAUCUGCUCUGAUAAAACUGGUACUCUAACCCAAAACCGUAUGACAGUUGCUCACAUGUGGUUUGACAAUCAAAUUAUUGAAGCUGAUACCACAGAGGAUCAAUCGGGUGUUCAGUAUGACAAAUCUUCUCCUGGAUGGACUGCUUUAUCCAGAGCCGCUUGUCUUUGCAGUCGUGCUGAGUUCAAACCAGGGCAAGAUAGCAUUCAUAUUUUGAAAAGGGAUUGUUCAGGUGAUGCUUCUGAAUCUGCUAUUUUGAAGUGCAUGGAAUUGGCUGUUGGUGAUGUCAUGGCAUAUCGAAGGAAAAAUCCUAAAGUUUGUGAAAUUCCUUUCAACUCAACCAAUAAGUACCAUGUUACAAUCCAUGAGGUUAAUGAUCAAAAAGACCCAAGCUACCUAUUAUGCAUGAAAGGUGCUCCUGAAAGAAUUCUGGAACGCUGUUCAACCAUUUUUAUUGGUGGCAAGGAUAAGAUUUUGGAUGAUGAAUUGAAAGAUGCUUUUAACAAUGCUUACUUGGAAUUAGGUGGACUUGGAGAAAGAGUCAUUGGUUUCUGUGAUCUGCUUUUGGAUCCCAAAACUUAUCCCAUUGGAUAUCCCUUCGAUUCAGAUGAGCAAAAUUUCCCUCUUGACAAUCUGCGAUUCAUUGGCUUGGUAGCUAUGAUUGAUCCUCCCAGAGCUGCUGUGCCGGAUGCUGUAGCCAAAUGCAGAAGUGCUGGAAUUAAGGUAAUUAUGGUGACUGGUGAUCAUCCUAUUACUGCAGCUGCUAUUGCAAAAUCUGUUGGUAUUAUUUCUGAGGGUAACGAAACUGUUGAAGAUAUUGCUAUGAGGCUUGACAUACCCAUUGAAGAAGUUGAUCCAAGAGAUGCAAAGGCAGCUGUGGUUCAUGGUGGACAAUUGCGUGAUAUGUCUUCGGCUGAACUGGACGAACUUCUGAGAGAACACACAGAGAUUGUAUUUGCAAGAACAUCUCCUCAACAGAAGCUUAUUAUUGUUGAAGGCUGUCAAAGACAGGGUGCCAUUGUAGCUGUCACUGGUGAUGGUGUGAAUGAUUCCCCAGCUCUGAAAAAAGCUGAUAUUGGUGUUGCUAUGGGUAUUGCUGGUAGUGAUGUGAGUAAACAAGCAGCUGACAUGAUAUUGCUUGAUGACAACUUUGCAUCCAUUGUUACAGGAGUAGAAGAAGGGCGUUUAAUUUUUGACAACUUGAAAAAAUCCAUCGCUUACACCUUGACUAGUAACAUUCCUGAGAUUACUCCUUUCUUGUUCUUCAUUUUGGCUGAUGUCCCCCUGCCCCUUGGAACAGUCACUAUCCUUUGUAUUGAUUUAGGAACAGACAUGGUGCCCGCUAUCUCCUUAGCUUAUGAAACAGCAGAAAGUGAUAUCAUGAAGAGGCAACCUAGGAAUCCUAAAAAGGAUAAACUAGUAAAUGAAAGGUUAAUCUCCAUGGCCUAUGGUCAAAUUGGUUUCAUGCAAGCUGCAGCUGGAUUCUUUGUGUACUUUGUGAUUAUGGCAGAAAAUGGAUUCAUGCCAUCGAAGUUGCUGGGACUCAGAAGUCAAUGGGAUUCUAAAUCUGUUAAUGAUCUACAAGAUUCUUUUGGACAGGAAUGGACCUACUUCCACAGGAAAACUUUAGAAUACACAUGCCACACUGCCUUCUUUGUAUCCAUUGUCAUUGUACAAUGGGCUGAUCUGAUAAUCUGCAAGACCAGGAGAAAUUCUGUUGUACAUCAAGGAAUGAGGAAUCACAUCCUUAACUUUGGUCUUGUGUUUGAAACUGCCUUAGCUGCCUUCCUUUCCUAUUGUCCAGGAAUGGACAAGGGUUUGCGUAUGUUCCCUCUCAAAUUAAACUGGUGGUUCCCUGCAAUUCCGUUCUCUAUACUGAUCUUCGUAUAUGAUGAAAUCCGUCGUUACAUCCUCAGACGUAAUCCUGGAGGCUGGGUUGAGAUGGAGACCUACUACUGAUCGCUGUCCAACAGCAGAAGCAUCAUCAUCUCAUUCAUCACACUCAUCAGUUGCAUCUCUUUUCGCUUUCUUUUUAUUUUUACUCCUUCCAUUGUUAGGCCUAGUCCAAAAGCAUUUAUAUUUCUAUGCAAGGGACUGUAAAGUAUUAAGUUAGGAUCAAUUGUGCUUCAUGUAGGUUCUUCGAAACUGAAUGACAAACUUUUAUUCUUGCCUCCUUUACCAAUGUUUAAAGUGAUUGCAUCAUUGUAUUGAAUUAGAUUCAGUCAUUUGUUUUGCAACAAUGAAUUUUAGACAAGUUUUUCAUGUGAAAUGGUUAUUUCGAGUCAAGUCACUUUAUCGUAGCAAUUAUACAAUCGAGGCAAGUUCUCUAAAACUUUUAUUUCUGUUUCUCAGAAUCGGUGGUUUAUUAUUAUUAUUUUUUUUUCUUUCAUGGAAAAAAUUCAUGUCUGGAAGGCAAGAUAAGCUGCGUGAAACUCAGUUUUGGUUUAAUACUCAGGGGAAGACUGAAAACAGCUGUUUUUGCCUUCUAACAUAGUUUAUUGCAGUUAUUAUUUUUGCAUUUUCUUAGUUUCCUUUGCAUUUGGCAAUGUUUUCUAAAAUAAAUGUAGUUGCUUAAUUUUUUAAAAAAAAUAUUUCUAAUAAAAUUGGACAUUACUGUUAAUGUUCCUUGCAUAAAUUAAGCUUUUAUUUGUGCUAGAAUCGAUUUAAAUUAUAUCUGUGCUAUUGAUUAGAAAUUUUAGUGAUGAAAUGAAUGGAAAAUUUUAGUUAAACCAUCUUUAUGAGUGGAGAAUUUAUUUAAAUUAUCUAUGAUAAAAGAAUUUUUGUUUAAAUUUCUUUUUUUUUCUGAAAAUUUUGAUUUAAAUUUUCUUUAAACAUAUAUCAAUAGACAUUCUAAAUUGUUUAUUACAAGAAAUCUAUUUUUUUAAAUAACUGAAUCUCAAAAUUAAGAAUUUUUUUGUCAACUUUGCUUCAUUCAUAUAAAUACUUAUUAUUUAAUUUAAAUAACGUUAUCUAACCAUGCUUAAAUUUGAUAUUUAUUAAAAUUUCCAUUCAUAUUCUUUGGAGUUAAAUUCUUUCAAUUAUUGUUAUUGUGGUCACUAUGUUUGUAAUAAUUCUAAAAUUUAAGUUAUAUUCUUAACUGUUAAAUUGCUGGAUCAAAGCAGCGACUUUGAGUCGAGUCAUUCAGCCGAGGCAGGUUUUGAUUUGAAUCAUUUAAUUGAAGCAAUUUUGUAUCCCUAAGUGCUUCUUACAAGGCUAAAAUAUGCUAAAUUUUAAUAAUACGUGCCUUAAUUUUAUAGACUGCAAAUGUUGCAACAUUGCAUUGGUUGCAUUUAUGAUUCAUUCAAACCCAUCUGUUCUACAUUUCUCAUCUAGUUGGCAUUCCUGUUGAGACAUUUAGAGAUCAGAUAUUGUGUGUCAACUCCUGUUAGGGAACCACUCAAGUGUUUUACGUGUGUCCUUAUUUAACAAUAAGAUUUGUUUCACAAAACUUUGAUAUUGUUGCAAAAUUUUCUGAAGACCUGUUGUUGCCACUAAUGAUUAAUAAAAUAUCGUACAUUUU